UUUUUUUUAUGCAUUCUUAUUGAAAUUUUCAGUUUGAACACAACUACGCUGGAAAAAAGCAACGAAUUUUUAAUUUAUAAUCAAAAAAAAAAAUUUAAUAGUUUUUUCUGUUAAAAAAGGAAAAAGAAAUUUGUUCAUACCAAUUGUGGUGAUUAGAAAAAAAGUGAAAUUUAGUUUGUUUAACAAGUGAAAACGAUUGCAAAAGUUCGAAAACUAUGACAGCCGAAGUGGAAAUUUACAAUCAAAAGAAAGAAAUCCAUUUGCGUUCCCUUAAACAAUCGGGACAUGUGGGUUUUGAUAGUCUGCCCGAUCAGUUGGUGAAUAAAAGUGUACAAAAUGGUUUUGUGUUCAAUGUCAUGUGUAUAGGCGAGACGGGCUUGGGUAAAUCCACCUUAAUGGACACUUUAUUCAAUACCAGCUUUGAGUCCACACCCAGUUCGCAUACAUUGCCAAAUGUCAAAUUGAAGGCACACACUUAUGAAUUGCAGGAGAGUAAUGUACGUCUAAAGUUGACCAUUUGCGAUACAGUGGGCUAUGGUGAUCAAAUCAACAAAGAUGACUCAUUCAAAGCUGUAGUGGAUUAUAUUGAUUCACAGUUUGAGGCUUAUCUGCAAGAGGAGUUGAAAAUUAAACGUUCACUAGUGGCUUGCCAUGAUUCACGUAUACAUGUGUGUUUGUAUUUCAUAUGUCCCACCGGACAUGGUCUCAAAUCUUUGGAUUUGGUGUGCAUGAAGAAAUUGGAUAGUAAGGUUAAUAUUAUACCCAUUAUAGCCAAGGCGGAUACUAUAUCUAAAGCAGAAUUGCAGAGAUUUAAAUCCAAGAUAAUGCAGGAAUUGUCUAAUAAUGGAGUGCACAUCUAUCAAUUUCCUACCGAGGAUGAGACUGUAGCAGAAACUAAUGCGGCCAUGAAUGAUCAUGUACCUUUUGCUGUAGUGGGUUCCACCGAGUUCAUUAAGGUAGGCAAUAAGCUCAUAAGAGCCCGGCAAUAUCCCUGGGGUACUGUGCAAGUGGAAAAUGAAACCCAUUGCGAUUUUGUUAAACUACGUGAAAUGUUAAUACGCACCAAUAUGGAGGAUAUGCGUGAGAAAACCCAUACCAAACACUAUGAACUAUAUCGCCAAAAACGUCUAGAAGAAAUGGGUUUUUCGGAUGUUGAUUCUGACAAUAAACCCAUUUCUUUUCAACAAACUUUCGAAGCUAAACGUUCUAAUCAUUUGGCUGAACUGCAAGCUAAAGAAGAGGAAGUACGACAAAUGUUUGUACAACGCGUCAAAGAAAAAGAAGCCGAACUUAAGGAAUCCGAAAAGGAAUUACAUGCCAAAUUUGAGAAACUUAAACGUGAUCAUGCUGAGGAAAAACGUAAACUGGAGGAGUCACGUAAAAAGCUAGAAGAGGAAUUUAUGGAAUUCUCUAGACGUAAAUCACAAUUGGCCGCCUCACACCACACCCUUACAUUGGGUAAAAGCAAAAAGAAGUAGACUAUUUUUAUAAGAAAAUCAAAUAACAAAAAAGCACAACUUUAAAUAAAAAAAGAAAUUCUUUUUUUUUUAUUUUUUUUACAAUUAAAAAAAAUGCAAUUAUUUGCUUUCAACAUGCAAAACACGUAAAAAUGUAAAACAAACAACACCCCCCCCCGCCACUUAACAAACCUACACUACCCAUAACAACAUAACAGACCACUUACUAGUUAUAACCUACUCAUUUUUCACCUUCUUGAAAGAAAUUUCUAUUUCUUUACAUUUCACAUUUUCUAAAUUAAAGAAAGACAGACAUUUAAUAGUAAUGAAAAAUAGUAUUAUUAACAUUAUUGUUGUUUUACACAAAACGAACAUUUAUAUUUAAUUACAUACUUAUUAUUAACGAAUUAAUUAUAAUUUUAUAAAAUAUUUUUUGUAAACAUUUCUCUUAUACUCUUUGUUUAUUUUCAAAACUUUAUUUCAAUUUAAAGUUUUUUUAAAUAAUUUUUUUUAACAAUAAAAUUUUGACGAAUUUUUUUAAUACUUUUUUUUGGUUUUGAAUUAUCAGCAUUUGCUGCUUAAAAGAAAAGUUAUUUAUAUAUAAAAAAUAAGCGUAUUAUACUCCAAAUUAUUAUUAUGACUAAAUAUUAUAAAAUAAAUACAAUAUUUAAUAAUAAAACAAAAAA